CCACGCCGCUGCCCUACUGACAGCCCGACUGCCUACUGACACACGGCCAUGAAACGUGUAUUCGCCACCGCCGUAUGCCAGCUACUGAUCUUCUAUGCGCCGUCCUUCCUGCGGCUUGCGCGCCAGCCUGGUGUGGCGCUCUCUGCUGCAGCGAGAAAGAAUUGAGACUUAUCGAAGUUUGAUCCAGUAGCAUGACGAGCAUGACAUUGCUUACAUCCCUGGUCUGACGAUUGACAGCGAUUGUAUCCGCCAGAGGUCCCAUGAGAACGCCUGUGAACCUCCUCAGCUUCAUCACCACCACAGUGUUCGGCUUCCAUUCAUCAACAACAGCCAUUUUUGCUUCAGACACCAGAUACCUCCAUCAUCCAUUCCAUUCCCUGAUCAUUACUCGUUAAAAGGUUAGGUCUUCUUGCAACGGCUCUCCUCCGCAGACCUUUUCAAACGCUCAUAGCGUGACGCAACGACGCUCUUUAAAGUCGCUACAGGCCACUCCAAGAAGCCAUCCGCCCAUUCUUUCAACCCUCUGGCCCUCCACCGAUAACCUUUCUUCUUCCUUUGGCAUCACUUCUGAUACACUUCUCAGAAAGCCGUCGACUCAAUAUUCCGCGGGGCAAGAACUAACAGCAUACAAAAGCAUGGGCAGCACGGGCACGUUUGGGGCCAUCCCUCAAGCGCCUUUGACUCCUCCUCUUACGCCUGACAUUUUAGCAUCAAACACGGAUACGAAUAUGGACGCGGUUAUGAGCAGCGUGCAAGAUUUGCCUCUCUCUACCCUUGCAACCAUCCCCGAAAUCAGCCUUCACUCUGGUCUGUCCUAUGAGGAUGAGGGCGAUGUCAACGUCAGGCUUUGUUCACAUACCGAAGAUUCAAAAAGUUGCAAGCCGGAGAAAGAGGACGAGUAUUUGUGGCGAGAAAAUAUGACUGAUGAAGAGCGGGAUCGGCGAGAAGAGUGGUUGGCUAGUUCGAGAGGAAGGAAAGGUCUGCGAAUCGUCAUUGUUACAGAAAACUUUCUACCCAAAGUCGACGGCGUUACUCGUACCCUUUCCCGUCUCCUCGUGCAUCUCCAAACCUCUGGUCAUUCCUGCAUCCUCCUUGGCCCUUCUUCCACCAUCGCCACGUACGCUUCCCACCCUAUCAUCGGUACUCUCGGCAUCCCGCUGUACUGUUAUCCGGGUCUGAAACUCAAUUUUGCGAGGCCAAAGUUUUGGGAGGUGGUAAACAGAUGGGAACCGGAUGUGGUCCAUUUUGUCGAUCCGAUCUGGUUGGGAGCACAAAUGAUUUGUGGGAUGGGCUGGGGAUUGGGGGGAGGCAAAUGGGUUGGGGACCGUGAGGAAAGGGGGGAGUUGGGAGGGGCAGUGGUGGCCAGUUACCAUACGAACCUAGCAACCUACGCGACCCUCUUCAACCUCCCAUUCCUUACACCUCUCAUCUGGUCUUUUCAGCGCCUUCUCCACUCGCGCGUUCGGUUGACACUCUGUCCUUCUCCGUCUACUAAGGCUAUGCUUGAGGAACAAGGAUGGGUGAGCGAAAAAGAUGGCGAGGUAGGAAAAGUUAGGAUCUGGUCAAGAGGUGUAGACCUCCAUCAGUUUGGACGUUCGAAAAGGAGUUGGAAAAGAAGAGAGAUGUGGGGAGUUGGUCUUGCACCUGGUGAAAAGCAAAGCGAGGACAGCCCAUUGCUCAAGGUGGAAAAGGACAAUCCGGCUAUUUCUAUGGAGGAGAAGGUGGUUGGACUUCAUUGGAAUGGGAGUAAAGAAGAAGGGAUGAUGACGCCGCCUUUGAGUCCUGAAAAUGGACCGGAAGACAAGAAGACUUAUCAUAGUCAAAUCCAAUCCCAAUCCGACCUUUAUCCUCCCUAUGAGCGUGGAGAUGUACAUGGUGAAGUCAAACAACCUUUCAAGGCGAGCUUGGCUGGUGUGUAUCCUCCCGACACUAGCCUGGAUUUGCCCGAAAGAGUCGUUUUGCUCUAUGUUGGGCGAAUUUCAUGGGAGAAAAACAUCCACCUUCUCCUCUCGGCCUAUUCCCACCUCUCUUCCUUCCUCCCCUCUUCCUCCUCUUCGUCUCCCGGCCCCAUUAACUUCAUGCCCAAACUCAUUUUCGUGGGUGACGGUCCAGCACGCAAAGAGUUGGAAACGAAAUGCAAAGAAGCGAAUUAUGACGCCGAAUUCUUGGGACAUAAACAAGGCGAAGAGUUGGCGGAAUGCUAUGCGAGUGCGGACGUUUUUGCGUUCCCGAGUUUUACAGAGACAUUUGGCCAAGUUGUACUCGAAGCGCUAGCCUCCGGUUUGCCUGUGGUUGGACUCGACGCAGAGGGAACCCGCGAUCUCGUCACUCACCAAUCUACGGGUCUACUCCUCUCCCCCCCUCACGCCCACUCUUCAGACUAUUCAAACAAAGAAUCCACCUCUAUCCCAUGGCCAAGAGCUUGUAACACCUCUUCGCCAUACUUCAAAACCCUGGCCAAAGAGUACGCCAAACUCCUGGCAGAGGUAGUGCGGAUCAUCAGAAGAGGAAGGAGAUGGGUGAAAGAGGUAGCACAGAGGGAAUCGGUGGACGGACGUGGUGGGAUGCUAUGGAGAAAUGCGUGGAUAGCUACCGCGAAGCCAUGCGCAUUGCCCGAUCUAAACGAUCCAUCCGUAUAGUCCCUCAUUCACCCACUUCUCCGGAGACUCUCAUCCCAUCCUUCAACCAUGAUCCCACCGUUACACGUGAUAGCGAUUACUCCCUGAAUGAAAAAAGAAGACAGGGAUCAUUUGUCAACCGUUUUGGGUUCACCAACAAACCUUUAACUCAGCGAGGGUUUGACGAGAAGGGGAGGUUUGGGAAGGAUUAUAUUCGACAAGAAGAUAAUGGUUUAUUCUGGAUCAUGAAGAUGCUACUGAAAGCGAUGGUUGUACUUGCUUUGGUUUAUGCUGUAUGGAGGCACCGUAGAGCCAGUUCUGGCGAUGCUGUCGUCCACUGAUUUGGUCGUGCUUAGAGUCUCUUUACAUGCCUUACUGGCAACAAAGAAGGUUUAACUAAGAGAAAGAGGUGUGGAUAGACGUGUUCAAGUGUAUAAUUAUUUUCACCUUCACCGUCAUCGGAAAUAUAAACAAACAAUAACGACCUGUUCUCCUUUUUUUACAACCUCUCGUCUGCCAUGGUCAUACAACAUACCCUCUUGUGUAAUGAAUAUGUAAUACCCGUAUAAUACCCGUGAAUACGCCUGUGUAUCUAUUUUUGCUCCACAUGAAUGCCAAGACGGAAGCUCGAAAAACUGAACAGCUUGCAUGGAAAUGUAAGAAGAGUGGUGUCUUUGUAGCCGUUUUAUUAGAAAACAUGCGAUGCAAGUGAAUGCGAG